ACUAUGGCGCCCAGCACAACACCAGCCCUCAUUUUCUUGUUCUUAGCUUGGCCGCCUGUAAAUCCAGCUUCAGGUUCGCGAAAAUGGUGGCGCCGAAGAAGGUAAACUACGAAGAAUGUAGACAGAAAAGAUUGGAAGAAAACAAGAAAAGAAUGGAAGAAUUGAAACUCAAUGCCCUGGCUCAAUCUCUUCGAAUCAUCUCAACCCCAAAGCCCUCUCCUAUGAAGAAGGUGAACCGAACGCCUCGUAAGCCGCUGGAUCUGUCUUCCGUGAGGAGGUCCAAUCGUGUCGCCGACAAGCCACCACCAAGUUACAAAGAGAUCCUACUUGAGCCUUUAGGAAUGCGCAGGAGUUAUGGCAUGAAAGUAAGGGAUUUAUCAAAUCGAAUCUACGCAUCUGAUGAAGAUAGAGAGUAUGCUUCUGAAAGAGCAGAAGAACUACACUCCAAAUUGCAGCCUGAUUUUCCUAGCUUCUUGAAACCAAUGCUUAUAUCCCAUGUUUCGGGUGGGUUUUGGCUGGGUCUUCCUGUGUAUUUCUGCAAAAGCUACCUUCCUAAACGUGAUGAAAUAAUGACAUUGGUUGAUGAAAAUGGAGAUGAGUGGCCAACAAAGUACCUCCCCAGGAAAACAGGACUUAGUGGAGGAUGGAAAGCGUUUGCUGAAGAUCAUAAACUAGUUGAUGGUGAUGCAUUAAUUUUCCAACUCAUAAAACCCACAGUUUUUAAGGUUUACAUUACAAGAGUGAAUCAAGCUGGAGAUAGUGAUGAUGCUUGAGAUGUGAUUUUACAAAGUUCAAUGUCUCUGUUGAAGUAUGAAAUCCAAACAACGUAGUAUCUGUAAUGCUGAAAAAAUUGGAGUCCUUUUGUCAAAGUGUAAACAUUACUUUGCUCCAUUGACUUAUUACCAAUCCUGGGCCUAUUUCUUCA